AUGGCCAACACUCGCAACGGUCUGCUCCUCGCUCUCGCUGCGACGGGUCUCGUCUCGUCGGCGAGCGCUUUUGACCCCGCCAAGGAUCGAUGGCUUUGCCAGCAAGACGAUGCUAUCUGUGUCACCUCGUUCGUGUGGUGCUCUACCAACAAGGAGGACUCGGCGAAGGGUUGCUCAUACCCCAACAACACCUGGCCGUACUAUAACCGCGACGAGGGUGAUAACCCGGCCAUGGUUCUCUGGGAUAAGGAGUACACCAUCAGCUGGCAUGGAACCGACGACGACUACUCUACUCUCAUUGAAUGGCAUUUCGAGCUCAAGAACAAGGAGACAUCCUAUACGUUCAAGUUCAAGGACCUUGCUGCCGACUUUCCUACCAAGGACCACGACGACAUCGACGCCGAGCAGGUCAAGGCUGCCGCCAGCAACCUGAAGAAUCUCUGGGCCGUCUCACAGCCCGACCGACCUUACGAGGGCGAGGGACGCGUCCACGGCAACCCGUGGAUGGACAAGUCAUCAAAGUUCAUCGUCAUGGACGAUGACGUGCUGCCGUAUCUCGAGACACAGAGCGAGAAGGCCAGAGAAGAGGAGAGGCGCAAGUGGGAAAAGGGAGUCGCUAUUGGAGUCGGCGUCGGGGUGCCUAUCCUGAUGGCGGCGGCUUUCAUGAUCGGCAAGAUGUUUGGUGGUAAGAGGGAGGAGAAGAGAUCGGGAUACAAGUCCGUGGGCGCGUAUCACUCUGGGUAUAAUGAGCCAAACUUGGGUGGUCACUAA